AUGCUCCGCAAGGUGUGUGACGAUCCAGCGUUCUACCUGACUGUCGCCACCUCCGAAGCCCCACUUGCUUCGUUCUUCAGCAAGUUCACCGCCCCAGUAACCUCUACCGGGCUCUUUAACAACCCAUACCUUACCAACCCGGGGGGUCUCCACACAUUUGCGGUUAACUCGCUAGAACAGGCCAAGGCGCUUGUUGCGGACAUUACCGCACGCGGUGCACAAGCCGCUGAGAUGGACGCGCAUGCGCGCGACACCCACGACAUCACGCGCAAGCUCGACCAGCUCUCCGAUGUGCUCUGCCGUGUGCUCGACUUGUGUGGCUACGUGCGCGAACUGCAUCCGUCGCAUGCAUUCCGGCGCCAGGCGCAGCUCGCACACGAGAUGCUCUACGAAUACAUGAACGAGCUCAACACCAACGAAGACAUUUACCUCGCGCUCAAAUACGCGAUGGAAACCCCCGCCAACCUCGCCCGCUGGAGCUCCGAAGAUGUUGCCGUCGGGCAGAUCUUGAUGAACGAUUUUGAAAACUCCGGGUUGCACAUGGCGUCCGGUGCGGGCAACACGCGCGAGGGCUUUGUGUCGCUCACCCAGGAAAUCGCCGUCUUGGGUCAGACGUUCCAGCAGGGCGUGGGGCGCUUAGCGCUGGGCCACGUGGCACUCACGCCAGAGGAAGCAGACCGGGUGCCACGCGCGCAUACAAUGUUGGGUCUGGCGCGCGCACAAGGAAAGUCAAAGCGUCGCGUCGCGCUCCAGGGCACACUUCCGUACCAACUUCUCCGCUCGUGUCCUGAAGAGUCUGUCCGUCGCAAGAUCUGGAUUGCCAUCCACUCGCCGGCCGAGCAGCAAGAGCAGUUGCUCGAGGCAUUGCUUGUGGACCGUGCGUUACUCGCACGCUUGAUGGGGAGCAACUCGUACGCAGAAUACAAUUUGAAGUUGAAAAUGGCGCGCACGCCCGAGCAGGUGAUGGAGUUUCUCACAGCCGUAAUGGAUGUGCAGCGGCCAAAGCUCGAUGCAGAAUUGGCCACGUUGCGCGCGAUCAAGAUGCAGGGUACGUGUGCGGACGCAGACGUCAUGCCAUGGGACCUCACGUAUCUCAAAACGCAGCUUGCAAUCCAGAAACCGUCAAAGCAAACCGAGUCCCAUCUGGACUACUUUUCGGUGGGCACCGUGUUACGCGGGAUCUCGGAGUUGUUCCAGAGCAUCUACGGCAUCCACUUCCGCAGCGUGCCUGUGCUCUCGGGUGAGUCGUGGCACCAGGACGUGCGGAAAAUCGAAAUUGUGUGCGAGGAGGAGGGUGUGAUCGGGAUCAUGUACUUGGAUUUGUUCCUGAGACCGGAUAAGAACGGUCACCCGGCGCAUUACAAUAUUGUGUGUGCGCGCAAGGUCUUUGCGGAUGAAUUCGCAGACGCAAACACGUCAAAUGGCAAUUUUAGUCCUGCCGGCGUGGAGGAGGUUUUCCAGUUGCCCGUCAUCGCGCUCGUGUGCGACUUCGCGAAGAACGACCCCGACCACACCACGAGCUUGCUUCACCAGCACCAGGUGGAGACGCUUUUCCACGAGUUUGGUCAUGCGAUCCACUCCAUGUUGGGGCGCACCAUCUAUCACAGCAUUUCCGGCACGCGGACCCCAUCGGACUUUGUGGAGGUGCCGCUGAUCCUCAUGGAGUCGUUCGCGCGCGACCCACGUGUGUUGGCACGCAUGGGGCGUCACUACGAGACGGGCCAGCCGAUCAGUGAGCAGGCGGUUCGUCUGAUGGUGGAUCACGGAGCUACAUUCCCGGCGUUGGAACUCUUUUCCACAUUGAAGCUUGCGGCGGUGGACAUGGCGCUUCACGGGGAGGAGGUGUUGCGCGCGGGACGUCCACGUGCAGGCUUUGCGGCGCGUAUCGCGCACAGGGUAGAGCGUGAUUUUGGCGUUCUAGCGGACACUUACAGCAACGGACAGGCCCAGUGCAGUCACCUCAACUCGUAUGGCGCGAACUACUAUUCGUACGUGCUUGGCAAGCUCACAGCGCAGCGUAUCUGGGAUAAGUGGUUUGUUACGGACCCAUAUGCGCGCUCCGGUGGCACGGCUUUCCGUGCGGGUGUCCUAAAGUGGGGUGGUGGCCGAGACCCGUGGCGGAUGUUGGCUGACGUCUUGGAGAUUGAGGCAUUGGCCAAGGGGGACAAGCAGGCCAUGCGAAUUCUCGCGGGAGAUAAGUAGCAUUUGAUAUAAGACAUGUACAUGAGAGGUGAAAUACAAAAAGUCAGGACAGCUCUAAAUCGAAAGUCAGAGCUGAGCGAUUGAAGCGUGAGUAGAAAUCGGACGAUAUGUGCUGGAACCUGCGAGUAGGUUGCUAGUCGAAGGCGAGCUCUCCGUUGAAGCAUUGGAUAGAGCUCUGAGAUUUUUAGUCUAUAUUUGCCCGUCUUACGGAGAAAAAGGGAUGGUUAUCUGCCAUUCGCUAAAUUUAUAUCCGGAAAUCUGUA